AUGGUAACUAUAUUCAAGUCAUAUGGGUUGUGGACUCUGAUAGAGGAAGGAAUCACGAUUCCAAAUUCGAAGAAGAAGAAGUCUACUAAGGAACCAUCAGCAGAAGAAGAUGAUGAGAAGAUGGCUACGAUUCUUAUGAAAUAUGCAAAAGCUCUGGGGAUUAUUCAAAAUGCAGAUGCAGAUUUAGCUAAGAAGGCAUGGCAGCUGCUGUAUGGAGAAUAUCAUGGUGGUGACCAUGUCAGAUCGAACACAAAGAGUCUAGAGACUGUAGAAUUGCAGGAAGUUAUUACAAUCCUGAAGAGCCAAGAGCAACGUUUUGAGCUGCAUAAUAUUAAUACAGCUAAGAAGGCAUUUGCCUCAUUCUUAGUUAGUCCAAAGAAUCAGAACAAGGGGAGCAACCAAUCUGGUUCAUCAAAAUCCUAG